GUACACCAACAUGGCGGCGCCCUUGGCAUUACAUCUGGAGUUCGGAGGAGGAGCUGAACUUCUGUUUGAUGGAGUGAAGAAUCAUCAUGUGACACUCCCGGGCCAAUCAGAUCCCUGUGUAGGAUUGUGUGUCCGCCGAGCUGGAAGGUACAACGAUCGUUACACAACUGAAGAGGCUGACAGCGAUCCAAUUAACCUGAAACAGCCUCUGUUGCUCGACCCCUGCCUCUCAGUGAGAAUCACGGCACACGCGCACACGCUUCCACGCAUUGGUGCUGACAACUCUAAAAGCUUCAGUUGUGGUGGAAACUUGCCCAGUGGGCGCAUUGUAUAGACCUUCACUCCUGAACCCACUUGGCCUCAUCAUUCGUCCUUUUGAUCUUGGUCUAUAUUAUACAUGCUAGCAUAGCAAGUAAGCUACAAUCAAGGGGUUUGAAAACAUUAUAGCACUCCCGGCUUAUGAUCAUUUCGCAAGGCCACACCGACCAGUUGAGCGAUCGAACACACAAGUCGUAUGCUGUAUCCCUAAUACAACUGGCGCCCAUCUACUCACUUUUCAAUUUAUCGGCUGCUCCUGGGCAAGCGUUGUGUCAUCAAAUUAAUAUGCACGAGUUGGGCUGAUAAGGUUUAUAAUGUGUCCACCCACUUUUCCGAUCGGCCCCAGCUAUAAUGCAUUUUCAAUGGUGACUACAAGUCUGCCGGACAUCAUGUCGCCUCAAACCCAUCAAAGGUUUCCCUGCCCCCCACACGCUCUUUGGUUCCCCAAUGUUAGUCACCAUCGCCCACCUGAGACCUUCUAUGUCCCUCCCUCCAUUUGCUCAGAUUUUGACAUGUGUCUAAAACAACUACAUCCACACAAAGAACACAAAUCAAAUUUAGUAUUAAAAACUAAAACAUUUUGUAAAUACAAAUGGGAUUUACAGAUGUAGAUAAUGCUGACACAUAUUAAAACGUACACCUACGCACACAUGGCCAGCUAUUCUGUAGUGCCCCAUCAGAUGUUAUAGGUCGACGUUAAAUAAACGAGAUCUUGUUUGUUUAUUUAGAUGUUGAGCUGUUGUGAAUGCCCUUUAAACCCUUAACUAUAAUUAUAUUUCAAUCAAAUUCUAGAUGACAGGAAUUCCACAUAUUGCCCCAUUUUAUAAAUAUGUGGGUGAUUAAUCUCACUUUUGGGGUUUUUCCCUGUCACCUGGUUUAUUUCUGAGCCUGGCGCGGGAUUGUAUUCCAGAACCGUAACCAGCAGCAGUAUGAAUGUUUUUGUUUGAGCAGGUGAGCCUACAAACGUGUUUUGAUCGGGAUGGAUAUGUGUUAGCUUUCCCGACGCGUUUUAGAGCUCAGUCUGUUUCCACCGAGCGUGAUAGUUUUCCAUACGGACAAUCUAUCGAUCUUUCAGAAUUCAAAAUAUGGAAAUGUGCACAUGAUUUAUUGGAACUAUAUCAACCGCAGCAAACUCGCAAACAAAUUCCAACUCCUCCCCACCUCAACAAAAAGCUGUUUCUCUCUCUUAUCUCGCUCUCGUUGGGUAUUUCUGUCUCUUUCUCACUAUGUCUCAGUGUUUGACUCCACCACCCCUUUGAGACGAAAACUGGUAUGUUCCAGACAUGGACGCUUGAUGAUACAAUGUUGAUGUUGAACCACAGACAUACAGACUUCUCCGCCAUGUUGUGCUGUGCUCACACAGACACACACAUAUCAUCGUUCGUCAUCAAAUGCUACAUUUUGGAGAGAAAACGCAUGUUAAAAUCUACAUUUGAUCUGUUCUUAUGUUGAAAAAUUACGAAUAGCUAUGACUGAGACAUAUCCAUUUGAUUUGAGUGGGAUUUUUGUUUCCUUACAAUGCACAUAACUAAAACGUAAAGCAUUGGAGAUGUUGAUAUUUGUUGGUUUUCUGCACGAUUUCGAAGGUCAGUUUUCCAUCACAUAUCCCUGGGGGAUGGGGACGCAGACACCCUAGAUUUCAUUUGAAUUUCAGCAUGGGUGUCUUGGGUUUGUAUCCAUUAAUCAUCAUCACUGUCCCUCUUUAAUAGAUAUAUAUGCGGUUCUUUGAUAUCGUAAAGCCUACCUAUUGCAGUCACAUUCACCUUGGUCAGUGUUUGGUGCGGCUACACGUCUCUGUUUGCGACUAUAAAUUUGUAGAAUUUUCAGUGUUGGGCUUUGCGUUGAUGGUGGGUACGUCUAUUCUUUAUAUUCCUCUUAUUAACCCCCCCAUCUUUCAUUGGAGGCUCUGUCGCGUCACAUCGACCGUGGGGCUGUCUCACUGCACUGUGACCUGUAACCUUUGACCCUCUGCGCUACUC